UGAGCCCAUCGUUUAGUUCAUACCUUUCUCGGCCUUUUGGCUAAGAUCAAGUGUAGUAUCUGUUCUUAUCAGUUUAAUAUCUGAUAUGUGGGCCAUCGGUCCACACGAUAUUAACUCUAUUUUUUAAGGGAGAAAGUCCGUUAAGAUAGCUUGCUAUCUGGGCUUUCGCGAGUCGCCCAUGCGUUGCACUACUGCACGGGCUGGCUCAACCCGCUAAUCAUUCAGUCUAAUUUUUCUCGCCCGUUAAUCGAUUAAUUGAUCUAUAAAAGUAAAUUAUAAAAAUUAAUUAAUUAACAUUAAAUCAGAAUGUACAGAAGAAAGAUAGAGAAGAAUUUCGAAAAUGGCAAACCCUAGAAGAGUAGUGAUCGAUAACCAGAGAUUGUCACCUAUAAUCAACCUACUGAAGAAGCCUCAAGCGUUUCCUAUCCUCCUCUCGUUCUUCCUCUUCCUCACAUGGAUCUCCCUCAGGUUACAGCACUCUUCUCACGUCUCUUCGUCCUCUUCACAUCCAAAAUCGACGCUAAAUAGUCAUCCCGAUUUGAAAGUCUUCGACGACGACGAUAAGGUUAAUCUAGUCCGGUUCGGUUUGGCGUCGCUUUCUCCUGCUCGGAAAGACGACCGUGGAUGGUUGCUUGAUCCCGUUAUACUUGCUCGUGAUUCUCAGCUCAAAGGUGGAGCCGCCUCGUGUGUUUCCAUUCAUGUUGGUGAAAUACGGCCUGGUGGAUUGAGGGGAAAUCAUAGACACCAUACCUGUAAUGAGACGUUUGUGAUAUGGGGAGCCAAGACAAGAUUCAGGCUGGAAAACCACGAAGUCGAUAAAGGUUACGCCGAAGUGUUUAUUGGGGAGGAUGAAGUAGCUGUAGCAGUUAGUCCGAGUGGCACGGCUCAUGCUCUAGUAAAUGUUGAUCCUGUGCGAUCUACUUUCUUCAUAGGAUGCCAAGACUAUAUACAGAACAACAGCUCAACUAGUGACUACAAAGUAUGGAACGAUCUAUAAACCAAAGUGGGUUAGUUUAGUUCCUCUCAAUCGUUCAGAUUUUCAUUGGCUUUUCUUUCUUUUCGAGCUCUUAUUUGUAUAGAAUAGGCUUUGUUAUUACUUGUCAGUUAUAUUGUUACUGAGAUUAUAAAACUGAAACUUCCAAUGUUUAGUGUUCAUUGAUAUGAUGAUAAGAUUAGUCUGAUCAGUGAGAAUCAAUUCGUAUGUAUAGUUUGUUGUUUCUUCA